GACGAGUUGUUUUGAUUUAGCAGCCUGUCUCAUCUUCUCUUUUUCCUUGGGAACAGCCACCAACGUACACUCGGACAUUAGGGGACGAAAAAGAAGAAAGACAAUAAUGGCGUUGUCGAGUAGAAAGCGGACGGAAUAUGCUUUUAUCCCCCAGCUAAGGUUAGCCGUGAAGCUAACGUAGCGAGUAGCGAUGACAAUGGACUUUUUAGCUCUGACUGGCUUCUUUUAAAAGGUUGUUUGCAGCGUGUCUGGACAACAACACGUACAGAGUUUCCUUUUUGAAGAUCAGGAUACAUCCAUCCCUUUCUUCCAAUGGGCGAGGAAAAGCCAGACACAUUGGACUUCGUGAAGGAUUUCCAGGAAUAUCUAAGCCAGCAGACCCAGCAUGUCAACAUGAUAUCAGGCUCGGUCAGCGGGGUCAAAGAGGUGGACGAAGUACCUGCUGACUACAGUCAGAAUGGGCUGGAUCACCCUGCAGGGGACAUGUCCCUGGAGGACAGCUCAGGGGUCUUGGUGGAUGGUUUCGAGAGAACGUUUGAUGGCAAGCUCAAGUGUCUCUACUGCAACUACGCCACCCGAGGAACGGCGCGGCUCGUAGAGCACAUUCGCAUGCACACAGGAGAGAAGCCCCAUCGCUGCCACAUCUGCCCAUUCGCCUCGGCCUACGAGCGCCACCUGGAGGCCCACAUGAGGUCCCACACGGGCGAGAAGCCGUACAAGUGUGAGCUGUGCUCCUUCCGCUGCAGCGACCGCAGCAACCUGUCACACCAUCGUCGCCGGCGCCACAAACUUGUCCCGAAAAAGGACGCUCGCACCCUCUCCCAUAAGAAGAUGAUGAGCGUCCUGCAGAAGAAGGCCAGCUCCCUGACCUACGGCCGCCGCCUCCUCCUCACCUCCUGCCCUCCCUCGGUGGUGACCCCCAGGGCGGACGACGACGACUGUGACCACGAGCUGCCUCACUUACAUCAGGAGACUUAUGACGACCUGAGUCACGCGGGUGAGGAGAGCCUCUCUAGGGAUCCAAACCAUCAUCAUCCAGACCUCAUCAUGGAUAACCCCCUGAACCAGCUGUCUGUCCUGGCUGGCCAGUGUGCCAGCCUCCCUUCAGCAUCUCCAGGAGCAGACUCCGUCGUCGACGAGAAGCCCCUCAUUAUCCACCAGCCCCUUUCUCCCGCCGCGCCCGGAGCCGUCACAGCCAGUGCGGCACAAGCCUCCUCCUCGUCUCCGAUCACCCCGGAGCCCCGCGCUCACCCACACAGCCCCGCGGGAGGACCCUGCAGCCCCGCAGGAGGACCCUGCAGCGAGCACAGCGGACGGACCAGCACCCCCACCGUCUCCAACAGCCAACCCAGCACCCCAGCCCCCGCCCAGUCCGCCCCCAUGCAGGACUCCCACACCGUCCAUCACUGCCAACACUGUGACAUCUUCUUCCCAGACAACAUCCUCUACACCAUCCACAUGGGCUGCCACGGUUACGAGAACCCAUUCCAGUGCAACAUCUGCGGCCACAAGUGCAGGAGCAAGUAUGACUUUGCCUGCCAUUUUGCUCGCGGGCAGCACAUGUGACGUGCAGAGCAGCUUUCUUUAUUAGUCCUUUUCCACGGCCUUGAUGUAGCUGCGCUUUCCUGGAAAACAUGACUGAUCAGAUGAGUCAGUGCAUGUUUUUAACUCACCUUGGUCACAGGUGAAGAAUUCUGCAAAGAAGUCUUUUGGCCACAUGAAAAAAAAAAUGGUUUAAAUAGAAGUUGAAAUAAUACAAUACCGUAAGUUUACAACAAAAAAGGCACAACACUAUUACAAAAAUAUCUCUUCUUGGAAGAAAAAAAUCAUGUAAAAUUAGACCUUAUUCUAGUUAAAAGCAUACUUGCCAACCCUCCCGAAUUUUCCGGGAGACUCCCGAAAUUCAGUGCCUCUCCCGAAAACCUCCCGGGACAAAUAUUCUCCCGAAAAUCCCCCGAUUUUCAGCCGGAACUGGAGGCCACGCCCCCUCCAGCUCCAUGCGGACCUGAGUGAGGACGG